GUUACAGAUGCACCGUCCCAGGGAGGUCAGCUCUCAGAACAGGAGCCCGAGUCACCCAAGGCAGAGAAUGACAGUGUCUUUCUUAUCAGGGCCCAAGGAUUCCCCUUCUCCUGCACCGAGGAAGAUGUGCUUACCUUUUUUGAUAGCUGUAGAAUUCGGAACGGUGAGAACGGCAUACACUUCCUCUUAAACAGGGAUGGGAGACGCAGGGGGGAUGCCUUGAUCGAGCUGGAGUCGAGAGCAGAUGUCCAGAGAGCAUUGGAAAAGCACCUGAGGUACAUGGGCCCACGCUACGUGAAGGUUUUUGAAGUACACGAUAGUGAUGUAGAGGGCUUGCUACAGAACCUGCGGAAUGAGUCACAAGCCAUAAGGGAUGGAGUUGUGCUACUCAGAGGCCUUCCGUUCAGCUCCACUGAGGAUGAUAUCGCACACUUUUUCUCAGGUUUGGAAAUAUCUGACAUAGCUUUUGUUUACCGGGGAGACAGAAGAACAGGAGAAGCGUUUGUGCAGUUUGCAGCUCCUGAUAUGGCAGCUAAAGCCCUGUUACGACACAAGGAAUAUAUUGGAAGUAGAUACAUCGAGGUGUACCUCAGUAGAAAGCACCACAUGCAAAGGCACGUGCCUUACCACAGGCAGCCGGUGACCCACCCCAGAGGGAGAACAGAACACGGACCUGCUGCUGAAGAAAGGGGAGCGAACGACAGGGGAGGCUCCGAUGCUGAAAGAGGAAACAAAUCGUGCAGGGAAGGAACGGAAAGCUCCGGGAUCAUUUUAGAAUCUGAGAGCAUCUCAUCACCGCUGCACUUUGUCCACAUGAGGGGAUUUCCCUCCCAAGCCAGUGCCCAAGACAUAAUAAAUUUUUUUGCUCCACUGAAGCCCACCAGGAUCCUGGUAGAAUACAACUCCCAUGGAGAUGCCACAGGAGAAGCAGACGUGCAUUUCGAGAGCCACGAGGACGCGGUCGCUGCAAUGGCUAAGGAGGGGUCACAGCUGCGUAAGUCGGGGGGGCCAAAGCGGACACAUUCCGUUGAGCGUGAGCCUAAAGAUCAAGCGUCGCUGGUCAGUAACAAGGAUAAACUGUAUAAAAUUCAGUGUAGCGUUGUGUAA